GGGACUGCGAGUUUUGUGCGACCCGACCGGGCCGCUGUGGCCGCCGUGGCCGCCGGAUGUUGCGCGACAGGGCUGCGCCAUGUCGGACUCGUUGGUGGUCGCCGAUGCUUCCCAGGCACUGGUGCUGGCCGAUGCGGCACAGGAGCAGUCGCUGGUCCUUGUCGACGACAGUAGUGAUACAAAGCGAAAGGCCAAAUGGGCCCGAGGAGGCCCUUCGAAAAAGGGUAGAAGGUGGGGGCUGCUUGAGGAUAAGCCGUUCAAGCCAUUGCCUUAUGUAGAGUUGCCGGUUGGUUUGACGGAGUCAGAGGUGGACCAGUUUUUGCGAGAGCAGCGCUUGGAAGAUCUGAAUCGGAAGAUUCAGUUGGGGCAGCUUGAGGAUGUUGAACCUGACAUCCGACCGCCCUCGCCCCCUCCGAUCUACGAUCGUCAGGGUAAUCGUCUCAACACUCGGGACAUCCGCAUCAAGAAGGCCAUGCUGGCGGAGUGGAACAGAUUGAUCAGGUACAUGCUGAAAAACAUGGAAGACUACGUGCCUCCUGAAGGAUGGAAGCCACAGCGUUUGGUGAAAAAGAUCCUGAUUCCCUAUGAGAAAUACCCCAACGCUUCGUUCAUGGGUGUCAUCAUUGGGGCCAGAGGUGUCAAUCACAGACGCUUGCAGGAGGCAUCUGGCUGCAGAAUAUUCAUCCGUGGCAAGGAUAUUGGGGACAAGUUUCAGGGAGAUGAGGAAAGGCAUAUGCCUCAACAUGUUCACAUCGAGGGAGAGACGGAGGAGCAGAUUGAGGUGGCCACAGAACUCAUCAUGCCGCUGUUGAAUCCUGAGAGUCCAGAGUUUGAGUAUGCGAGGACCCAUGGUAUGCAGCAGGUUGCGCUGGUGAAUGGCUUCACGUUGAAAAAGUCUGAACAGCGCUGUGGCGUUUGUGGUGCUAUUGGCCACUUGGGCUUUGAUUGCCCAGAGACAGAGGCAUUCAGCUACAAGAUGGCUGAUGUGAAGUGCACCAUUUGCGGCGACCGUGGUCACGUGGCUUCGGACUGCAAACAAGCGGCAGAGCAGCACAAGAAGGAGAAUGUUGAUUGGAAAGAGGAAGCAGCUAAGAAGCGUGAGUUGGAUGAAGAAUACGAGAAGAUGAUGAGUGAGUUGGGUUUGUCCAAAGCAAAGCCAAAGGAGGAUGCAGACAAGAACCCGGAAAGUAACGCGCAGGAAGAUGGACAGAUUGGGCAAGACCACGGGCCCAACGGCGUAGAACCUCCGUCUGCCCAGCCGGAGGCCCAGGAAGGUCUCGCUUCUCCUGCGGACAUGUCGCCGGAGGCAUCACCCCCACCCGCAGCUCAAGAUGAUUCGCAGCCGAUAGAUGCGGCAUCGAGCUUGCCUCCGGGCCUGGUAUUGUGUGCCAAGCAGGCUCCUCCCCUGUCCCUGGUGCCCAAGAUCGUCCCGGCCAAGAUGCCACCAGUGCCGCCGACGCCGCCAGCGCCACCAGUGCCCAAGCCCAGACCCAGGGGGCUGCAGCCGCCUCGAGAUGCGGAUACCUCGAUCACCUGUCCUCGGAUGCUUUCGCAGCGGCUCUUCAGAGGAGGUUUGCACGUGCUGCGGGAGAUGGGUCAGGAGACAGGUGCGAGGGUCACGAUCCAUGAGCGUCCGGACAGUGAAGGGGGGCCCUUCUUUGCCAUCUUGGGAUCACCACAGGCGCGUGAAAUGGCCAAGCUCCACGUUCGAGCCUGGCUCGAUGUGAAUUCAAGGCCUCUUUCUGAAGGAAUGUCCACUUCACCAAUGCCUUUCCAGUCUACAGAUGGUGCAGGAUUUCCUCCGGGAUUUCCACCCUUCCCAGGGGAUGUGCCGCCGGGAUUUCCACCAAGUGGCUUCCCACCAAGUGGAUUUCCACCUGCCGGGUUUCCGCCUGGCAUGCCCAGCAUACCCAGCGUUCCGCACAUGCCACCUGGCUUUCCUCCUGGCUUUCCGCCGCUGGGGAACGGACCAAUGGACCUCGGCCUAGUGGUACCAACCUUUGAGGUUGGUGGAGCCUCACCUCCGGGCAUGUCUGCAGAGGCCUACGAUGAGCUUUGAGGGUGUCAGGUUUCACACUGCGGAUCGCAGAGUGGCGGCCGAAAAA